AUGCCUCCACAGAAUACCAGUUUAGCCGAAGGAGCCGUGGAUGAUGAUGUUUCUUCUCACAAGUUAUCGUUAUUGAAAAGAAGACGGGAUGUGAUGACGUCUGCAAAUAUUCUCUUUUACGAGUCUAGCAAGCAAGAGCUUCUUGUCGAGCGGGCAGAGGGACAGUGGAUGUUCGACGAAGAAGGCAACCGGUAUCUUGAUCUGAUCAAUAAUGUUGCCCAUGUCGGCCACUGUAACCCAAAAGUAACCGCCGCCGUCACCGCCCAGAUGCAAAAACAAUACACCAACUCGCGCUACCUCAACUCUGCCGUCAUCGAGUACUCCGAGCACUUGCUCAAGCAUUUCCCGCAAGAGCUAAAUACAGUGCUUUUCUGUAAUUCGGGCUCAGAAGCAACUGAUUUGGCGCUCAGAUUGUCCAGCUAUUACAAUGGGAAGAGCGAGUAUAUUUGCCUAAAAGGUGGGUACCACGGGCAUGUUCAAUCUGCUCUCGACGUUUCGCCGUAUAAAUGGAAAGGGGGCGCAGUUAAACAACCAGAACAUGUGCAUGCUGUUGACGCUCCUGAUGCCUUUCGAGGAAAACAUAAAGGAAACUACGCCGGAGAAGAAUACGCAAAAGAUGUCGCGGAAGUAAUUUCAAGACGAGAAGGGAAAAUCAGCGCGUACAUCGCUGAGUCUAUUUUGAGUUGUGCUGGGCAGAUUCUUCUACCACCAGGAUAUCUCAAGGCAGUUUACAAAUAUUGCCGGGAAAACGGAGUGCUGACGAUUGCUGACGAAGUUCAAGUCGGAUUUGGUAGAGUUGGAUCGAAAAUGUGGGCUUUUGAGCUUCAAGAUGUUGUGCCGGAUAUUGUCACUCUUGGAAAACCGAUUGCGAAUGGGUUCCCCAUGGCAGCGGUUGUGACGAGGAGAGAAAUCGCAGAAGCGUACUGGAAAUCGGGAAGCCAGUAUUUCAAUACUUUCGGAGGAAAUGCUGUUGCUGCUGCGGCUGGCCUUGCUGUUUUGAAAGAAAUCGAAGAAUCCAAUCUGCGUCAAAAUGCACUAGAAGUUGGCGAGGUAUUCCUGCGCGGGUUCGAAGACCUGAAGCAGAAAAACGACAUUAUCGCCGAUGUCCGAGGAUUCGGCCUCUUCCUCGGAAUCGAGCUGAUCAAUAGUGAGGGUUUGCCGGCCAUGGAAGAAGCUUACUUUGUCAGAAAUCGUCUCUUGGAAGACCGGGUAAUCAUCUCAGUUGAUGGACCAGAUGAGAAUAUUCUCAAACUCAAGCCGCCAAUGUGCAUCACGAAAGAAAACGCAGAAAUGGUUCUCGAAAAGAUGAACGCUGUUUUCAACAAGUUGAAAUAA